GGCCCGGGGAGGACCCCCUGGACACACGCAGUCCCCGGGGGUUCGCGUGGGCCACAGGGACCCGGGCUGCCAUCUUCGCCCCCGGAGCAGUCCUGGCUCGAGGCCCAGGUGGAUGAGGACAACGCCUGCCUCUCAGACUCUCGGAAGGGCCCUGGUUUCCAUGGUAAAUGGCUCAGUGGUUGAGCGUCGACCUGUGAACCAGGAGGUCACGGUUCGAUUCCCGGUCAGGGCAGGCCCGGGUUGUGGGCCUGGGUAGGGGGCAUGCAGGAGGCGGCCGGUCAGUGAUUCUCUCUCCUCAUGGAUGCUUCCCCCUUUCCUCUCUUCUUCUGCAGUCAGACAUUUACCCCAGCAUCUCAGGGAGAGGGAGGGAGGUCUGCAGUGAGGGUGAAGGAGCAGGAGCGGGUCUAUUCAGGAGAUAAAGUGCAACAUUGUUGCCGGCUCAGCAGAGAGCAGUCAGGGCCCGCCUGGGUGCUCCUUGCGGACUGAAGACCUGGAUGUCACCCGGUCCCCUGAGAUCCCGACCACAGAGAGGCCCAGCUACAUGUCGAAUGCACCUGAGAGCUCUGGUGACCGGCCAGCCCUUGGGUGGGAGGCAGGUCCCCGGCCCAGUCUCCCUGCAGGACGGUGGAUGGGCACAGGCGAGGCCCCAUCCCCACGCCCCACGCCAGCCUCAUGCGGAUCUGUCUCCGCACCUGCCCACACAGCAGCCAGGAGCCUGGGGGGCUCCAGGGCACCCCGCUCUUGCACCCCGACAUCAGGCGGCUCCCCGGGGCGGCCAGGCGGGUCUCCUAGCCCCGAGGACUUUUCCUCCACGGACCCAGCAAUGAAGUUUCCAUUCCUGGCCCGGGGCCACCAUCUGCAGUGGGGGAGCUGCCCCACCCCAACACCCUCCUCCCCUCCUCCACCACCACCUUCCUGCCCACCCAUCCCCUGGGCCCGGGAGGCAGGAAGGGAGGUGCUGGGCACCCACAGAACUGCUGCCGCCACCUGCGCCCCGCGCUGCGUCCCGGGUGCGCACAGUACUGGCCCCGCCAUGCCCCCCGCCACGCCGCCCUGGAGCCCCAGCCCGACGCCCUGGGAGUACUCGGGGUCCGGGUCCGGGUGGGGCGCCCUGGACGAGGAGCUGGCGCUGUGCGCGGCUGGGGAGCUGCCCCACGCGCACGCCGUGGUCCCCGCGCUCUACCUGGCGGCCUGCGCCCUGGGCCUGCUGGGCAACGGGCUGGUGCUGCGGCUGCUGGCCCGGCGCGGCCCGCGGCGGCUGGCGGACACCUUCGCGUGGCACCUGGCGGCCGCCGACCUGGGCCUGGUGCUCACGCUGCCGCUCUGGGCCGCGGCGGCGGCGGGGGGCGGCCGCUGGCCCUUCGGCCGCGCGCUCUGCAAGCUCAGCGGCUUCGCCGUGGCCGCCUCGCGCUGCGCGGGCGCCCUGCUGCUGGCCGGCCUGGCCGCCGACCGCUACGUGGCCGUGGUGCGCCCGGUCGGGGCGCGGCCGCUGCGCUCCCCGCGGUGCGCGCGCUCCCUGUGCCGGGGCGUCUGGGCCGCGGCGCUGCUCGUCGGGCUGCCCGCCCUGGUCUCCCGGGAGCUGCAGCCGCGGCCCGACGGCGCGGGCAGCCAGUGCGGCGAGCGGCCCUCCGACGCCUGGCAGGCGCUCGGGCUGGGGCUGCUGCUGCUGACCUGCGCGCUGCCGCUGGGCGCCUCCCUCUUCUGCUACUGCCGCCUGGCGCGCCGCCUGCGCCGGGCCCCGCGCCUCGGCCGCCUCCCCGCCGCCCCCCUGCGCAUCAUCUGCGCCGUCGAGGGCGCCUUCGUGGGCUCCUGGCUGCCCUUCGGCGCCCUGCGCGCCGCCCUGCACCUGGCGCAUCUCCAGACGCUGCCGCUGACCUGCCCGCUGCUGCGGGCGCUGCGCUGGGGCCUGGCCCUCGCCACCUGCCUCGCCUUCGGCCACGGCUGCGCCAACCCGCUCAUCUACCUACUGCUGGACCGCUCCUUCCGCGCCCGGGCCUGGCGCCUGGCGCGCGGGCUCAGCUCCGCGUCCUCGCGCUCCGGGGACCCCAGCGCCGACGGGCGGGGCGCGGCCGACAGCGGGGGACAAGCGCGGACGGAGAGCCGGAACCUGGCCCGCGUGCGCGUAGCGGCCCCAGCCCCGCGGAGGCCCCGGGAGGCGGCCGGAUCUCCGGCGCGUCUCCUCUGCUGGUAGCGACCCCUCCGCGGGCACCGGGGUACCCGGUCUUCUCCGCCGCCGUUGGCUUCUCCAAACCUCAGCGCUUCCUGGACGCCCCCCUCCCCAGCCAGGCUGCCGGCCCAGCGCUCCCUCCGCUCAGUGGGCGCCUGGGCGAAGGCGCUCCAGUCCCUUCAGGAUCCCGUGAAGCCAGCGGACAGCAGCGGGGACACCCGCAGGCUCGCCAGGCACAGGAGAGGGGAGUGGGUUCCCCGCGGCACCCCGGAAUCUCCAACUCAGAGCCCCAAAGCCACUGUCUUCAGCUGCAGCUUCUCUGGCCCCGACGACAGCCACCGUCUCCUAAGAACCGCACCAGACCUCGCGCCUCUCCAAAAACCUCCCGCCGGUGGGAACCAGCCGCCCUUUGAGUGUCAUCUCUGGCGACUGGGCCACGUCAUGAGUCACCAUCGAUUCAGAUUCUCGCUUUCAAAGUUCCCCAAAGCCCUGGGAACGGGCCGGCGUCUGGCGCCCGGUGUAUUCGCCCCGGGGAUGGGUUUCCCCGCUCCCGGGGCCGCGGGACUCACCUGGCAGCCACCUGGCAGCCACCUGGCCCUUCCCUGGGACCCGGACCCGGGAACCCGUCGCCAGGGGCGGGGGUCUCUGUGCGCAUCACCGCCCUCGGUCCCCGCUCUGCUCCCCGGAGCCCGGCCUGGCGCCUCUGUGCCUGAGCGGCCGGCGGCCGUGAAAUGAGUGGCAGGAGGCGGCUGAACUGGGGGGUCAGACCACGCUCCACGGGGGCCCCUGAGGUUGGCCUCGGGCCCCUGAGGAUUUGGGGUGAUGCCCCCACCGUGGGCGGUAGCUGCAUCCACGUGGGCGGAGCCAUCCACAGGCCAGCGACUCGGUUCUUCUGCUUAUUAUUAUUUUAAAAGACGUUUGUUUCCCAGUUUGAAGGUCACCGAGGGGGAAAAACAAAACAACACAGAUGCAAGGGCACCUGCCAGCCAGGUGUCGCUUCAAAGAGGGGACGUGCCCUUUGUGGGUUUCACAUGGGCUCCGGGCGGCUCCUGUGGGUCCUGGGACCACCGGGGACAGGUGUGUGGGAUUAUCCGCUUUCUCCGCAUUCUGCGCCUGGCCUUUGAGGUUUGGGGGGGUGGGGGGAGGGCUUGGGGGCUUGGAAAUUCAGUGUUUGUGAAAAAACAUGUGUAAAUGGAGUUCCUUUAUAGUGAAGUGGGAGGUGGACUCCCAGGGGAACUGCCUUGCUGGUCCAAGUGCCUCCAACCUGGGGAUGUUAAAACCGGCAACAUUGUAUCUUACAGAGCUGUUUGCAAAGACAAGUGGCAACAUUGUAUCUCAGGGAGCUGUUUGCAGAGAUGCAAGCGGCAACAUUGUAUCUCAAAGAGCUAUUUGCAAAGCAAACGCUGUUGCUAAGGCCGCGGGACUGGAAAUGAAAACAUUGUUGAGGUCGCUGUGAUUUUCUGGAUGCCCCCGUCCCCUCGCCUUUCUCAUAAAUGCCCCAUCGCCCGUGGCCUCCUCAUGCCAACCCUGUUUGGGCCUCCGCCUGAACGGGCGCUUCCGGAAUCUGCUCUUCUUUUGAUCUCAAAUACAUGCUUUGUUGCUUUCCACGCUGGCUGGCCUUUUAUUUGUCGGGUUAACAGGACUUUUGAUUUAAGAGGAUUUGCCCUAAAGCAGCGGUUCUCAACCUAUGGGCCGCGACCCCUUUGGGGGCCGAACGACCCUUUCACAGGGGUUGCCUAAGACCAUCGGAAAACACGUAUAUAAUUACAUACUGUUUUUGUGAUUGAUCACUGUGCUUUAAUGAUGUUCAAUGUGUAACAAUGAAAAUACAUCCUGCCUAUCAGAUAUGUACAUGGCGAUUCAUAACAGUAGCAACAUGACGGUGAUGAAGUAGCCACGAGAAUAAUGUUAUGGUUGGGGGUCCCCACAACAUGAGGAGCUGUAUGAAAGGGUCACGGCAUUAGGAAGGUUGAGAACCACUGCCCUAAAGGAAAGUCAGUCUCAGGGGAAAGGAACUCAGGAAUUUUCCCAAAGGGAGGCCAGGCUGCAGCCUGAGGGCCCCCAGGAGCGGACCAACCCGAUUCUCUCUCCUGCUCGAGGGCUCAGGCCCAGGGACAGAGGU